AUGGCAACUUUAGCCCUCAGAGCACGGCGGCAGCUCGCCUUUGGUCUACUCCGGACACUUUCUCGUCGGCGCUUCUCUAAUCUCAACUAUGCUUCGAACGUUUGUAAAGACGAUAAUGCUGAUGGAACAAACCCUAGCUUCAUACAUCCUUCAUCUGUUGUUCAUCCUAAUGCGAUUAUAGGUCAGGGUGUUACGAUUGGCCCCUUUUGCAGCGUGGGUUCUUCGACAAAGUUGGGGAAUGAUUGCAAACUACAUCCUGGAAGUCAUGUUUUUGGAAACACAGAAUUGGGAGAUAAAUGCAUCUUGAUGAGUGGGGCGGUUGUUGGAGAAAACAUUCCCGGGCGAACAAUCAUAGGAUGCAAUAAUGUUAUUGGUCAUCAUGCCGUCAUUGGCCUCAAAUGCCAAGACAUGAAGUAUAAGGCAGGUAAUGAAUGUUUUCUUCAAAUUGGUGAUAACAACGAGAUCAGAGAACAUGUUUCUAUCCAUCGAUCUUCAAAGUCUUGUGAUACAACAGUUAUCGGCAAUAACAAUCUUAUCAUGGGAUCUUGUCAUAUAGCCCAUGACUGCAAAGUGGGUAGCAACAACAUUUUUGCAAAUAAUACCCUUUUGGCAGGCCAUGUGUUGGUCGAGGAUCAUGCACACACUGCUGGGGCCAUCGUCGUUCAUCAGUUCUGUCAUAUAGGUUCCUUAUGUUUCAUUGGUGGUGGUUCAGUGGUUUCACAAGAUGUCCCUAAGUACACAAUGGUGGCUGGAGACAGAGCGGAGCUACGUGGUUUGAAUCUAGAAGGUCUUCGACGACGUGGGUUCUCAGUUUCUGAGAUUAGGAGCCUGAGAGCAGCUUAUAGGAAGAUAUUCAUGCCUACUAGUGCAAACCUUGGAGGCAUUGAAGACCGCCUUGUUGAAGUGGAAUGCCAUGAAGAUCUAUCACUCGUUCCUGCUGUGCUUUCCCUUGUGCAAUCGAUACGUGAAUCUCUUGGAGAAGAUCGUCGUGGAAUUUGCAAAUUCCGAUCUUGGAGUUUUUCUUGAGUGUGCAUGUAUCUGUAUCUUUAUCAUCUUGUGCUCUAUUUCCCAAUGUCUUUUGCAGAUUUCUCCUACACCCAUUUUCAUCUCUACCUGGUGCUCUUCAUGUUCUUGGUAUUACCACUUGCCAGUUCCCAAAUUUUGCUCGGAUAUUGUGAGAUUUCGAGGUUGUACUACUUCAUGUGAAGACCUUUAUGACUUCUUGAAAGAUAUACGCGGACAUAGAUGCAAACCGAAAAGUUUCGGUUGGAAGAUGGUAAAAAGAAGAUUGAUGUGAUUUGUUUCGUAUGAAACGGUAAAAUAUUGAUCUUUUACUAUUUUUACCAGCAAUUUAGUGCUAAUUACAAGAAAUUAUAACUUUCUAUGAUAGAAAUGAAGAAACCUUUGUUUAGUUUGAAGAGAUCUUGCUUCAGGGAACGUUUUUUUUGGGUUGGGGAGAUCUUGCUUUCACCUCGACUAAUCCCAUAGGACCCUGAAUAUAACAGUCAGGAAAAUCUCCAGUAACACUAAGUAGACUCGAACUAGUGACCUACGGUAAGGAGUCUAAAAGUCUAGUCUUUCUUUGUCGGCUGAGUUUCAAGAAACCUUGUGGUCCAGUUAGCAUUUAACUUACAUAAUUGUACCUUUUAAGCCUAGUUGCCAUGUUGUGACACUAAUAUGUGGCCUACACAUGUACUAUUUAAACUAUCUUUUUAGCUCUAUUUGUGCCUUCUCUUCCAUGCUAAAGUGGAUUGGAGUCAUCAAAGCUUUGUUUAAACACAUGUGGGAGGUAUCUGAAUGGUUUUCUUUGUAAUUUUUAUAACAAGUACUUAGAUUGCUCAAUUAUGAUUAUAUACCAUGAUGAUGCAUACAAGUACAAAAGGGUUUAAUUUAAUUUCCUUUUUAAAAUGUUUUUUGUACUUUGUUAGAACCUUUUGAUUAGAUCAAAGUGCUCUUGUACUUGUAAAAGUAGUGGUUUUCCACAGCUGAUAUGCAUGAAAACCUCAUAUUAUUGUCAUAAAAAGUAGAUGAUUUUAGUGUACAA